AUGUCCACAAACACCGGAGAGCCCAACAAAACCACGGGUCAAUACCACUCGGUGAAGGGAACUGCUGUAGAGACGAUGGGGAACUUUAUGGGUUCCGAGUCCUGGCAACAGUCGGGCAAGGACGAGCAUAACCAAGGUGAAGCCGAGUACAAGGCAGCCCAGGCCAAAGGCUAUGCCGAGGGCACGAUGGACAGAUUGGGAGGGAAGAAGGACGCCGUAGUGGGCGCAGUGUCCGGAGAUCGUAGCCAAGAGACUACUGGAAACCUUCGUCAGGACAAGGGAGAGACUCAGCAGAACAUGAACGCUUGA